AUGAGAGAGACGUCUCCGGAAGGUCAUAGGGCAGCCAACCAUUCCAAGAGCGACUCUAGGAGCGCGAAGAAGCGGAGGCGCACAAGCGAUGCCAAUGAUUCUGCCGAGGAGCUCAAGAUUGACUUAGCUCUUCCAGAACCUCCGUCAAAGAAAGCUUUACGUAAAGCAAAGAAGGCAAAACCUGCUGCAGAGGCAGCCAGCGCCACCAAAGAGGAUAUAGCGAAGGUAUCCGUACAGGAAUGCCAGAAACGUACCGACCAUGGUAUCUGGAUUGGCAAUCUACCAUGGGGAGCAACGAUAGAGGGCCUACGGGUAUUCUUCACAGAGAACUCCGAGAUCAAAGAUGGCGACAUUACGCGGAUUCAUAUGCCUAAACCUAAGAAACCCUCCCCGACCCUGCGGAUAAAACCAAACAAUUCCGGCUUCGCCUAUGUGGAUUUCGUCUCUGAAGCAAAGAAGUUGAUAGCUAUAGAGCUGAGUGAGACUCCAAUUGAUGGUCGGAACUGUUUGAUCAAAGAUGCGAAGAGUUUUGUAGGCAGACCAGAGAAGUCCCAGACGACCCAAACUGAAGCCGUCAACAAAAAAUCGCCAAACAAGAGGAUAUUCGUUGGUAAUCUAGGAUUUGACAUAACGCGCGAAGCACUCUUCGAGCACUUCGCGCCCUGUGGAGAGGUUGAAGAUGUUUUUCUCGCAACGUUUGAGGAUUCUGGAAAAUGUAGAGGUUAUGGCUGGAUAACAUUCGGUGAUAUACCUUCCGCAGAAGCAGCUGUGCGUGGAUAUGGCUUCAAAGAUGUAGAACAAGAAGCUGAGCCAGACGAGGAGCAGUCUGAUGCCAAGAGAAAGAAGAAACCCAAACCACGUAAGUGGUGGGUCAACAAGAUCGAAGGGCGAAAUCUCCGUUGUGAAUUUGCAGAAGACAAGGCAACCCGCUACAAGAAGAGAUAUGGGAAAGACAAGUCGGUACAGGAAGACGCCAGCUACUGA